UCAGUAGGUAGAACCAUGCUCUGCACACAGUGAUCUCCUUAGGAAGUGGGGCAUUGCCAGUGGAAGAUGGUGGUUGUGCCCAUCUGGUAUCAUCAUCAAAGUGAAAGCAGGCUCCAGGCCUUGAUCUCCAGGCCUCUCGGCACCUGGGGCUUUAGGGGACUUCUCUCCACUUCUCUGGAGCCUAGUGUCCCACCCAGGAGUUUGCAGCCUGCUCCUCUACAGCUAACUGCUCCUCACCAAGAAAUCUGCGGUGGAAUGGAACUUCCAGUCGUCUGGGACGUCUGGCUCUGGUUUCUUGCCCCUGACGCAUCUGCCUUCAGCAUGGCUCCUCGGCACGUGCUCCCAGCUACUCUGACCUAUGACACUCUCCGAUUUGCUGAGUUUGAAGAUUUCCCGGAGACCUCGGAGCCUGUUUGGAUAUUGGGUAGAAAAUACAGCGUCUUCACAGAAAAGGACGAGAUCUUAUCUGAUGUGGCGUCCAGACUCUGGUUUACAUACAGGAAGAACUUCCCAGCCAUUGGGGGGACCGGCCCCACCUCGGACACGGGCUGGGGCUGCAUGCUCCGCUGUGGACAGAUGAUCUUCGCCCAGGCCCUGCUGUGCCGGCACUUAGGCCGAGAUUGGAGGUGGACACAGCGGAAGAGGCAGCCGGACAGCUACUUCCACGUCCUCAACGCAUUCAUCGACAGGAAAGACAGUUACUACUCUAUCCACCAGAUAGCGCAAAUGGGAGUUGGCGAGGGCAAGUCUAUUGGCCAGUGGUACGGGCCCAACACAGUCGCCCAGGUUCUCAAGAAACUUGCUAUCUUCGACACAUGGAGCGCCCUGGCUGUCCACAUAGCAAUGGAUAACACGGUGGUGAUGGAGGACAUCAGAAGGUUAUGCAGGAGCAGCCUUCCAUGUGCGGAGGCCACUGCGUUUCCUGCAGACUCUGAAGGGCACUGUAAUGGACUCCCUGCGGGAGCCGAGGUCACCAACAGGCCAUCCCUGUGGCGACCCCUGGUGCUGCUCAUCCCCCUGCGCCUGGGGCUCACGGACAUCAACGAGGCCUACGUGGAGACACUAAAGGGCUGUUUCAUGAUGCCUCAGUCCCUGGGAGUGAUUGGAGGGAAGCCCAACAGUGCCCACUACUUCAUCGGCUAUGUGGGUGAGGAGCUCAUCUACUUGGACCCCCACACGACACAGCCAGCUGUGGAGUUAACUGACAGCUUCUUGAUCCCAGAUGAAAGUUUCCACUGCCAGCACCCCCCGAGCAGGAUGAGCAUUGGGGAGCUAGACCCGUCCAUUGCUGUGGGUUUUUUCUGUAAGACUGAGGAUGACUUUAAUGACUGGUGCCAGCAAGUAAAAAAGCUGUCACUGCUUGGAGGUGCCCUGCCCAUGUUUGAGCUGGUGGAGCAGCAGCCUUCCCACCUGGCCUGCCCUGAUGUCCUGAACCUGUCCUUAGAUUCUUCUGACGUAGAGCGACUGGAAAGAUUCUUUGACUCAGAAGAUGAGGACUUCGAAAUCUUGUCCCUUUGAAAAUCCUAAAGUCGGGGGAUAUCUCGACUGGCCCUUGUUGGGGGUGCCUUUGAGAGCUCAGCUUGGCCUCAGGGCGCUUGGUGCCACCGCAUUUCAUCCAUCCUGCCCACCGCCCACCGCCCAUGUCCUGGCCGCCUCUGCCCUCGACGGGGGACUGCAUUAUGCUCAAGGCCUCACUGCAGGAGUGGGACUGCUCGGCCCAGACACUUCGGGCUGCUGGAGAGAACCAGGAAUCGCAGGGAGCAGAGCAGCGGCAGGGCUUGAGUGUUCACGUCACCUUCGUCCUGCUUCCUUCAGGCUCUCAGUUCUAGGUUUUCUUUGGAAUUAAAGUCCUGUUUGAAGUUACUCGACACAGACAUGCAUUUCUGUUGGGCCUGUUCUGAGUCCAAGAAGACUGGAGACCAAAUGAGAAGUGGCCCUGGGACUAAGCCUGCAAGCCCUCCACCUGCAGCCCUCCCGUGGCUCUACCAGGCUGCCUAGUGGGAGAUAGGAAGAAGUGACCACCUGGCAUCUCUUGGCUUUGGAGAGAGAAAUAGCAGAGAGGUGGGGCAUGGUGCAAACCAGAGACCACCAUGCGUGUGACUUGCCAGGAAAGAGCUACAGGUAGAGCCCAAGUGGACUCACUUUCCUCACCUUUUGGUUCCAGCAUUUUGAGACGCCCAUGUGCUGCUGCUUACUUGUUGCACUGGCUUUCCCUGGGUGGGCGGUGGGCGGUGGGUGAGUGGGGAGCUGCCUUGGUCUGUGAUCCUUGGGCCCAUGCGGGACAUGGGGGCACGGCAAGCCUGGCAGGCAGAGGCUAAGGGCACCACAGAACUGCCCUCCCGGUACUGAAGCUUCAGAUGGUUUGGGGCCAAAGGGUGAAACCCUGCUCAUGGUGCAAGAUAGGCACCCCAUCGCUCAUCACGUCACUUGGAGACAUUUCCAGGUCCUUCUCAGCACUGACUGACAGCACCUGCAACCCUGAACCCUGGUUGGGCCCAGAGAGCAUGGCUUCCAUGCAGGCUUCGAGUCCUGAAGAGUAGCCUCCGUGAGACCUUCCAACAGGCACCUGGGGAGCUCAGGGAGGUGGCACCUUCUUCCCGGGGGUCUUCCUUGCAGAGCCCCUCCCUCCCUCGGCAUCUGCACCUGGGACUGCGGGCGGGGGCCCACCUGAUGGCAGAGAGCACCCAGCCCGAGUGUCGCCGACAUAAGUUAAUUUGCUCUUGUCUCUCCCUCCUUCAGGGAAGGAGGAAGGCUGGGCGGUCUCCAUUCCUUCUGCUGCAUCUUGGAAAUGUGCCGCCCUGCCUGCUGGGCCAGGGAGUCUUACUGCAGCCCCCUGUGUGGUGCAGACGGUGGAAGUGGGUGACAGCCUGGCCAAAGGGGAGCUUUGUCUUAGUGAUUUGAGAAGGAUUACUGAAGAGAGUGUUGUCCAUUCUUAGUAGUUUGCAGUUCUUCAUCGCAAAUAACAGUUUCAGUAGAAAACAAAGUCUAUUGUCUCUGUGUUGGCCUUUCCUCAUUAGAGUUGUAGUGAUGGAACAAGAAUGAAUAUUUUCUAAGUUCAUGUCCAUGGAUCUCAGUGAGGAUUUGUGGACUCAUGGCAAGCUCAUCUCCCCCACACUAGGCAGACAGACCUCAGCUGACAAGGCUCUGCUAGCUGCGACACGCUUCCUGUGGUCCUAAAGCAAAGAGGACGAGGAAACUUGGUUUAAGAAAACACACAAUAACCCAUUCUUCAGCAGGAGUGGUUAGCCUAGUUCGUUGUCCCUCUGGUGAGC